AUGACGAUAGGAAAUCCCCAGCCGCUUGGGGCACAUGCACCCGUCCAGAACUUCACGACACAAAACCACACACAUGAACCUGCUCCACCUGCAGCGCCUACAAAACGAGAUCUUGCGUCCUGGUGGAAGAAUUUCAAGCGUAACACAAAGAAGGAGGAUGAGAAUAAAGGACCCCAAAUCGGCGGUAUUUUUGGCGUUCCACUUAACGUCAGCAUCAAGUAUGCAAAUGUUGCAAUUUCCUUGACUAACGACAAGGGCGAGAGCUUCAUUUAUGGCUAUGUCCCAAUUGUUGUCGCCAAGUGUGGUGUCUUCCUCAAAGAUCAAGCCACCGAGGUUGAAGGUAUCUUCCGUCUAAGCGGCUCCGCGCGACGUAUCAAAGAGUUACAAGAGAUCUUCGAUUCACCCGAGCGGUAUGGCAAAGGGCUGGAUUGGACAGGAUAUACCGUGCACGAUGCUGCCAAUAUUCUACGACGUUAUUUGAACCAGCUGCCAGAACCUAUAAUCCCUCUCGACUUUUACGAAGCUUUCCGUGAACCGAUUCGAAACCAUCAACGACAGGCUGUCGGCAGUACAGAGGCGGUUGACAUUGGUGAUUUCGACUACGAGAGUGCUGUCGCUACAUAUCAGCAACUCAUUCGUGAGCUUCCUCCACUCAACAAGCAAUUACUUCUCUAUAUUCUUGACCUUCUUGCCGUUUUCGCAUCGAAGUCGGACAAGAAUCGCAUGAAUUCAAACAACCUGUCUGCUAUCUUUCAGCCUGGAUUGUUGUCACAUCCCACACAUGACAUGGCACCAUUGGAAUACAGACUUAGUCAAGACGUGUUGAUCUUCUUGAUCGAAAACCAAGACCAUUUCUUAUUUGGCAUGAACGGUACAGCAGCAGAUCCACAGACGGUCAAGGAGUUCUCGAAUACGACAGCUGCUGCUCCAGGUACGCCUUCUCGAUCAUCAGGCAUUCGACGCUCUGCUUCAAAUGCCAGCGGAGGUGCGGACAGUCUCAGAAAGUACGAGACCCUUCGUCGCAAUGUGUCUGUUUCGUCGCGCAACUCUGGUAACACUCAAAGCCCCGGUACGCCCACGUCGACAGUCAGUACUGUGAAACGCAGCAACACCGUUCCCUCGAAGAGAUCACCUGGCUUGGUUGCCCCGAGAUUGAGUCGACCUAGCGAGUCAGCUUUUCCAUCAUCUGCUGGCCUGCCGUCUCCGGCUGAAAUGAAUCGCACCCCCACACCUGAAAGUCGUCCGCCUGCAGUUCAAAAGGCCCACCCAGAAGCACCCAAGCCAGCACAGCCGGUUUUUGAAGAGGGCCAAUUUUUGGAAGCUCAGUCCGCUAUAACGUCGCCACCAACUCCCCUUCUUACACCUACCAAAGAGCGUAAGCUAUCAAGCUUUUUCGCGAAGUCUCCUCCUGCAUCUGAUAAGGAGGCUCGCCAGCCCAACCGUUUGAAGAAGAAGCGGAUACCCGGCAGUGCCAAUGCCAGCGCUCAGAGCUCCAGCCACUCACUCAGUGCCAAUGAGUCGGGGUAUUUUCCUUCAACAUCGCAAGCGGUAACUCCGAUAGCACCAAUUCUCAAUGAUGCCAUCCCUACUAUUCCCGAAAGCCAAGGAAUCCCAGCCGGAGUUCCAGACGGCGAAAACAGUCACCACCAGCACCAACCAUCCGAAAGCACACUCAAACCCAAUCGUUCUCGGACGCCAUCUAUGCAUUCCAAAUCAUCGUAUACCGACCAGUCUGAUUUGGAUCAAUACGACGAUGUUUCAAAAUCAGAGAAGAGAGAUCAUCGCCGCAGUUGGCGUUUCCCGCUUUCGAGACAAAAUCAUGGAAACCCGACCUCAUCACCACCAAUGGUUGGAACAAACGCGGGAGCUGGGUUCAGUUCUAGUUCGAUCGGUAGUUCCAGUGCACACGGCCAAAGCUUUACGAAUGACUCCUAUAAUCCUAGCACCGAUGUGCCCUCUGUGCCCGAGAACGAAGUUGCACGAUCUGGUAGUGCUUCUCGUGAGGCCGGAGUAUCUUCAGAAAACGAGAAGCUCAGUCUUUUUGAAAAGAUUAAGGCGAAGGUUGCACCCAAGAAGGACGGCAUCGAGCGUGCCAAGAGCCCAUCGCAGUCCGACCCUCAAUUUGAAUCUGUCCCUCCAAAUCGUUCUCACGUCGAAGAAAAUGACAAGCCCAAGGAAACUAAACUGCACAGCGAGCAAGCGCAGCCGCCGGAGCCACACCAGCAACCGACAGUGGUAGUCCAGGCAGAGGAUGACUCUUUACCCUCGCAGCCUGUGGCUGACCCUAGUAAAUGA